CUCCAACUAGCUGCUGGCCAGCUAUCUUCGCACAGCCGAUGUGUUUAUGAUAAAACGAUUAAUCAGUCAUGAUGAGGAGGAGGCGAGCACAAAGCAAACAAAACAACAUGAGACACUGAUCAGAGUCCACAGCUGACGACACACUGAUCAGAGUCAACAGUGUGGCUCGACACUGAUCAGGGAGGCAACCAUGGAAUGAGACACUGAUCAGAGAGUCAACCACGGGACAAUACACGAGGGAAAGUGCUGGGCGGGGCUUUGAAGAUGCACAGCCAAUCAGCUCACGGGUGUUGUCUCUGCAGAUGUGCGAUAUUGUGAAUGAGAUCGAGCUGGAGAGGGAGCGCUGCGAGAAUAGCACAUCUAGCAAUGUCACAUCAGGUUGCCAAGGCAUGUGGGACAUUGUUGCCUGUUGGCCCUUGGCCAGUGUGGGUGAAGUGGUCACAAUACCAUGCCCCGCUUACUUCAGCUACUUCAGCGACCAGCACAAAGGAAAUCUCUCCAAAACGUGUACACCAGAUGGCUGGACAGAGAUGCAUCCCGUGGACAUUGCCCUGAACUGUGGCUACAAUCUCAAUAGUACCAGUGAUGAUGGAAAGUUCUUCUGGCAAGUGAAGAUCGGAUACACCAUAGGCCACAGCGUCUCCCUCAUCUCCCUCACCACUGCCAUUUUCAUCCUCUGCAUCUUCAGGAGGUUACACUGUACCAGGAACUACAUCCACAUGCACCUGUUUGUGUCCUUCAUCCUGAAGGCCGUUGCCGUUUUCAUUAAGGAUGUGGUCCUCUAUGAGGUGGGCGAGGUGGAGAACUGCGCCACAAGCUCGGCUGGCUGUAAGGCAGUGAUAGUGUUUUUCCAAUACUGCAUCAUGGCCAGCUUCUUCUGGCUGCUGGUGGAAGGCCUCUAUCUCCAUGCCUUACUGUCUGUGUCCUUCUUCUCGGAGAGGAAGUACUUUUGGGCAUACAUCUUUAUCGGUUGGGGGGGGCCGGCCAUUUUCAUCAGUGCUUGGAGCCUGGCCAAAGCCUACUAUAAUGAUAUUGGGUGCUGGGAUAUAAUAGAGAGCACGGAUGUCUUCUGGUGGAUCAUCAAAACUCCCAUUUUGGCAUUAAUCCUGAUUAACUUCAUUCUCUUCAUCUGCAUCAUCCGAAUACUGCGUCAGAAGAUCAACUGCCCAGACAUUGGAAGGAAUGAGUCAAACCAGUACUUGAGGCUAGCCAAGUCCACACUGCUCCUGAUACCGCUGUUUGGAAUCAACUUUAUAGUGUUUGCAUUCAUUCCUGAGCAAGUCAAGACAGAGCUAAGGCUUGUCUUUGAUUUGAUCCUUGGCUCAUUUCAGGGCUUUGUGGUGGCAGUUCUCUACUGCUUCCUCAACGGAGAGGUCCAGGCUGAGAUCAAGAGGAAGUGGCGGCGAUGGCACCUGCAGCGAUACAUGGAUUCUGACACGACAAAGUACCAGCACCCGUCCAUUGGCAACAGUCACAACUUCAGCACGCAGAUCAGCAUGAUAACACGCUGCAGUCCCAAAACACAACGUGCCCCCUCCUCUUGCCACGAGGACCGAACCAGUAUAUAAAUCAGAAUAACCUACACCAUGGCAGGCUGGAAUAAAUCCUUCUUCAUUUGACAAGGGAUUCAAAGAGCAUUUAAUCACCUCAUGUUUGAAUAAAUAAAGCAUUCUUAUUUUUCUUGAA